CGCACCCUCCUUCCUUCCCUCCAUGUCUUUCCCCUCCCCUCGGUCCGUCAUUCUCCCCGCGCUGUCUCCUCCUAUUGCCUCGGCCGCCGCUCGCUCUCUCUCGCUCCCCUGUUUGCCAGUCGUUCCCCGCCGACCCCCGGGCCUCGCACCCACCAUGGGCCUCAGGUGAUAAACCGAACGGGCCGCCGGAUCCAGCGGGCGGGGAGCAGAGCUACCGGAGACCGGGGAUCCCGGGCCUGACCGCCCGCACCGGGGGCCUCCACAGCGGGAUACGUCCUGUAUCUUUGUUUGGUGGGACAGUUGCACAACCCUGAACAUGGAGAAUGGAGAGAAGAUCAACAAGGGGGAGGAAGAUGAAAUGGAAAUUCACGGUUACAAUCUGUGCCGUUGGAAGCUAGCUUUAGUAGCGGUAGGCGUGUUUUGUACGUGUGGCUUCCUCCUUCUCCUCCUGUACUGGAUGCCGAAGUGGCGCGUGAAGGCAACAUGCUCUCGAGCGCCAUUGAAGAACUGUGACGUUGUGCUGCUGAGAACAACUGAUGAAUUCAGACAAUGGUUUUGUGCAAAAGUCCGCCUCCGUAUGUGUCCUGGAAUAGACCCAUUCCAGACACCUGAAUCUAUGACAAGUAAGCUCAUGAAUGGUCACGCGGGGCACCUUCCAGAGACUCCCUCGGAGCACACUGAAGACUAUCCUAUAAACAAUACUGAAGCCCCACUACUUGAGGUCCGUUAUUUUGUGCAUCAUAGUGUGACUUACUUCUGGAAUGAUUUUCGCCAAGCAUUUAUUUUCUGGAACGGUCUGGAUGAGGGUGUUCCGUGCUCUGACAUACACAGUGUACACAGCAAAGGAUUAAGUCACGAAGUACAUGAUUACAGAAAGCUAUUUUAUGGAAUAAAUGACAUCGCUGUUAAAGUGCCUUCCGUUUUCAAGCUUCUGAUUAAGGAGGUUCUCAAUCCUUUUUACAUUUUUCAACUGUUCAGUGUUAUUUUAUGGUGCACAGAUGAAUAUUACUACUAUGCAUCAGCGAUCGUGUUAAUGUCAGUUAUAUCCAUUAUCAGUUCUCUGUACACAAUUAAAAAGCAAUAUAUAAUGUUACAUGACAUGGUUGCAGCUCACAGUAUUGUUCGGGUUUCUGUGUGCAGAGGGAACAAAGAGGCCGAAGAGAUACUGUCUACUGAUCUAGUACCUGGAGACCUUAUGGUGAUACCACCCAAUGGGACCAUUAUGCCGUGUGAUGCUGUCCUGAUCAGUGGAACCUGCAUUGUAAAUGAGAGCAUGUUAACAGGUGAAAGUGUCCCGGUAACAAAGACUAAUUUGCCAAUUCCCACAAUGGAUUCUCGAGGGGUAGACGAUGAGAUUUACAGCACUGAAGUUCACAAACGACACACUUUAUUUUGUGGGACACAUGUCAUCCAGACACGAUUUUAUGCUGGUGAACCUGUCAAAGCCAUAAUUGUUCGGACAGGAUUCAGCACAUCUAAGGGACAGCUUAUUCGUUCGAUACUUUAUCCAAAGCCAACUGACUUCAAGCUUUACAGAGAUGCCUACCUGUUCCUGCUGUGUCUCGUAGGGGUGGCUGGAGUUGGGUUCCUUUACACUGUUGUAAAUAGUAUUUUAAACCAGGUUCCGGUUGGCACCAUUGUUAUUGAAUCACUUGACAUCAUAACUAUUACAGUACCUCCUGCCCUUCCUGCUGCCAUGACAGCUGGAAUUGUGUACGCACAAAGACGUCUAAGAAAACUCGGCAUCUUCUGUAUCAGUCCUCAGAGGAUAAACAUCUGUGGACAGCUAAAUCUCAUCUGUUUUGACAAGACUGGUACUCUUACUGAAGAUGGACUUGACCUCUGGGGAAUCCAAAGAGUAGAGAAUUCUCGGUUUCUUCUGCCUGAAGAUAAAGCUUGCAGUGAAGCCUUGGUAAAGUCUCAGUUUGUUGCCUGUAUGGCAACAUGCCAUUCACUAACAAAAAUUGAUGGGGUGCUUUCAGGUGACCCCCUAGACCUGAAAAUGUUUGAAGCCAUAGGAUGGAUUCUUGAUGAAGCCACUGAGGAAGAGACUGCCCUUCACAACAGGAUAAUGCCAACUGUUGUUCAACCCCCAAAACAGCCUCUCACUGAGCAGAAACCUGCAGCAAGUCACGAAAUGGAGCUGUUUGAACUUCCGACUACUUAUGAAAUUGGCAUUGUGCGCCAGUUUCCGUUCUCUUCAGCAUUGCAGCGUAUGGCAGUGGUCGCUAGAGUUCUAGGGGAUAAACGGAUGGAUGCUUAUGUGAAAGGGGCACCAGAAGUUAUUGCCAGCCUCUGCAAAAAGGAUACAGUUCCAGCGGAUUUCGCCAUUGUUUUAGAAGAGUACACAAAGCAGGGAUAUCGCGUCAUUGCACUUGCACACAGGAGGUUGGAGUCCAAAAUUUCAUGGCACAAAGUCCAAAAUAUUAGUAGAGAUGCCAUUGAAAAUAACAUGACAUUCCUGGGGCUAAUUAUUAUGCAAAAUAAACUGAAACAAGAAACACCGGCAGUACUAGAAGACCUUCGUAAAGCCAACAUCCGUAUGGUCAUGGUGACAGGAGACAACAUGCUUACUGCAAUUUCUGUUGCCCGAGACUGCGGAAUGAUUCUACCUCACGAUAAAGUAAUUGUAGCUGAAGCACUACCUCCUAAGGAUGGUCAGGCUGCCAAGAUUAACUGGCAUUAUGCAGAUACCAUGCCAAGAAGCAAUUUGAAUGUCAUCAAUUCACAGGAUAUUCCUGAUAAGAUGGUUAAUGACAGUUUAAAUGAUAGUCCGAUAAUUGAUUACCACUUUGCAAUGAAUGGCAAAUCAUUUGCAGUUAUUCUAGAGCACUUUCAGGAUCUGGUUCCAAAGCUGGUAUUACACGGCACAGUGUUUGCAAGGAUGGCACCAGAUCAAAAAACACAACUAGUAGAAGAACUGCAGAAUGUGGACUACUAUGUUGGCAUGUGUGGAGAUGGAGCAAACGAUUGUGGAGCAUUGAAGAGAGCCCAUGGUGGAAUAUCACUGUCUGAACUAGAAGCAUCUGUGGCGUCGCCUUUCACCUCUAGGACACCAAGCAUUUCAUGUGUCCCCAACCUUAUUCGGGAAGGCCGUGCGGCCUUAAUCACCUCUUUCUGUGUGUUCAAGUUCAUGGCUCUGUACAGUAUUAUACAGUACUUUACAGUUACUCUGCUUUAUUCGAUUCUCAGCAAUUUAGGAGACUUCCAGUUUCUCUUCAUUGAUCUGGCCAUCAUUUUGGUUGUUGUCUUUACAAUGAGCUUGAACCCAGCUUGGAAAGUUUUGGUGGCACAGAGACCUCCUUCUGGUCUCAUCUCAGGACCCCUUCUUUUUUCCGUCCUUUCCCAAAUCAUCAUCUGCAUUGGGUUCCAGACUCUUGCUUUCCUGUUGGUGAAGAAGCAGCCAUGGUACGAAGUCUGGACACCCAACUCAGAUGCCUGUAAUAUGUCCUCUGAAGGUCAUCAUGACAAUACCACUGAUCAGCACAACAUCCAGAAUUUUGAAAAUACCACAUUAUUCUUUGUGUCCUGCUUCCAAUACCUCAUAGUAGCUAUUGCAUUCUCUAAAGGAAAGCCAUUCCGACAACCAUGCUACAAGAAUUAUCUGUUUGUUAUCUCUGUGUUGGCUCUGUAUGCCUUAAUGUUGUUCUUUAUGCUGUACCCAAUUGAGUCCAUUGAGAACUUCUUUGAGUUGGUCUGUGUUCCCUAUUCAUGGCGUAUUGCAGUGCUCAUCAUCAUUGCUAUCAAUGCUGGCGUCUCUAUUUUGGUUGAGACGGUCGUCCUUGAUAUGAUACUUUGGAAGCUUGUGUUCAACCGAGACAAGCAAGGAGAGUCCCACCUCAUGGUCACCCACAACCCACAGGAGGCGAAUAAUUGCUGGGCAGGAAGGUUUUGCUCCUUUCUAUUCUUCUGCAAAAAGAAAACCCCUAAAGCCAAAUACAUGCAUUUAGCACAGGAGCUGUUGGUGGACCCUGAAUGGCCACCAAAGCCAAGGACAACUACAGAAGCUAAAUCUCCUACACAAGAGAAUGGCAGCUACCAAAUCGUCACUAUUACGUAGCAGUUAAUAUCAUCACCUUUUUUGUAUUUGUUAAUCAAUAGCUGCCAAAGAGCUCUGUAUAUUGCAGGCCCCUCUUGCAACUAUUGAGCUAAAUGACUUCGGCAUUCGUAAUGUUCCUGUCUGAAGUUAGGCACGGUCUCUGACAUUGCAUUUCAUAUUUCUGUGCAUUGUCUGAAUGGACCACCAAAGGAUACUCACGUGAAAUGUAGCCUAGAUCAGGGAUAGGCAACCUUUGGCACUCAAGAUGUUGUGGAUGGCAUCUCCGAUAAUGUUCUUACAGCCAAAAUUCUGGCAAAGCAUCAAUGGUUAUGUAGCCCGCAAUAUCUGGAGUGCAGAAAGUUGACUACCCCGGGUCCAGAAUAUGUGCAGCACUUGGUGUUUUUUUGGGAAUACAAAAUACUCUGUCCAGUCCUACUGUUAUUCCAUGGUGUACAUUGCAUGUCACACUUUGCUACUAUGUUUUUGGGACCAUAAUUUCAGAUCUGUCAAAACAUAGUACUUGAUUCAUUCGCAGUAUAUAUUGUUUUGGGAGGGGGGUUGUUUUUCUAGAAACUAAUCUGAUGUUAAAGGGACUCUCCAGUGCCAGGAAAACAAUCCGUUUUCCUGGCACUGCAGGUCCCCUCUCCCUCCCACCUCCCAACCCUGUUGCUGAAGCGGAGAAAACCUCUUCAGUGACUUACCAGAGGCAGCGACGAAGUCCCUCGGCGCUGCUUCUUGGUCCGCCCACACUCCUCCCCGUCGCCACGUCAGCCGGCCUGUGAGACUGAUGACGCCCGCCGGCAGGGGAGACCUAACACUUGCCGCGCACGCACAUUAGACCUCCCCAUAGGAAAGCAUUGAAAAUGCUUUCAAUGCUUUCCUAUGGGGAUUUUAGCGACGCUAGAGGUCCUCACACAGCGUGAGGACGUCCAGCGACGCUCUAGCACAGAAAACCUGUGCUAUGGACCAGGAAGUGCCCUCUAGUAGACAGCCACUAGAGGAGGAGUUAAACAUGCAAGGUAAUUAUUGCAGUUUAUAAAAACUGCAAUAAUUACAGCUGCAGGGUUAAAGGUAGUGGGAGUUGGCACCCAGACCACUCCAAUGGGCAGAAGUGGUCUGGGUGCCUGGAGUGUCCCUUUAAGUGGGUAAACCUAUCAUCCUCUAGAAAUCAUGAUUUGGUUCACUUUUUCUUAUCUCAACGUUCACGUUGUGUUUCUUUGAAAUCUAACAGCAGCAUAAGUUAUAUAAACAACUUAUAGUCGUUGCAGUAUGUGAAGGGACAGUAGCCAGUGCUUUUCCUGAAUCUUCCAAUUUAGUUGAUGUAGUUAAUGAGUUUUUUUUUUGUUUUGUUUUUUAAAGCUCUUUAAAACUGAUUUUCAUAUAUGAAAAAUGGAAAUUGUGGAAAAUGAAGAAAAAUGCUUUUCCUGAUUUCUUUGGAAUUUAAGAGCAUUAAAAUCAAGCAAUGUGUAUGUAUAAACGCACAACUUGAACUUUUUUUAUUUGCCACACUGAUUUUUAAACUACUUUGUCCCAAUUAGCUAGGCCUCUUCAUAUUAUGUCUCUUCAGCCCUCAGAUUGGGAAGCAACAGGAAGUAUAUGGUUUUUUUUUUUAGUGAUCAAUCAUCUUGCACUAUACUUAACUUGUAUAAAACAUCCUAAUAAUAGUGAGCACGUUGUGCACUGAAAGACUCAACACAUUUUACUGGCCUCAACAUUACCAUGCUUGUUCAAGUCAAUGAGUACUGCGGGCAGCUUUCAUUCGUUUGCUCAAGCAAUUUAUCUUUCAUUAUUUUUAAUGUUUGAGGUAUGUGACUGACCUUAAUGUUUUUUUGUCCUUCUUUUUCUUUAAUAUUUUUUGGGGUAAAUAUAUAUUCAAUAUGUAAUUUUGUUUUUUGGCUACAGAACAUGCAGAUUCAAUAUAUAUCUAUCUGAGUCAGUCUUGUCCACAUUAUUAGAGAAAGAUGAAAACCUACAACUGGCCAUUUUGUAUAUUUCUUACAGGCUUUUUAUUUAGAAUAUAUGUAUAACUAAUGGUACUUCUAGAGGCCAUUGUGAUUUCAAGCAUCUGUCUGUGCUGCUUGUGAGCAUUGUUUAUCAAUGCACAUGUUUGGAUGUUUUCCCGUUCUAUCUACUUUUCCGAUCUUCUUUUAGAUUACACAUGGAUCUAAAGGUUUCCAUCCUAUAUAGCUUUAAGACAUUUCUGUACAUGAUAUCCCCCAUCUGUGUUUAUGAGUCAGAGCUGAUAAGGCUAAGCAGGAGUACAGAAUGGGGGAGUGUUAGCAGCUUAGCUACAGAUUAAAGGAGAUAUGGAGCAAAACAGAAAGCAUCAUUGGAAAACCCUGACAGUUUUAUGCUAGUUCUAUAAAUACUGCAAUGUUCAAAAUGCCUAUAUAUUUUUUGAAACAAUGUAGUGGCACAAUCUGCUUUUUUUAUGUCUGAUAAUAUUUCAGCACUUUGCAACCCUACACUUGUCUCAAAUCCGUAUAAUUUAUGCCUGCUUACUAUGCCGAAUGACAUCAUAAUGAAAUAUUACAACAUGUGGUAAUACCUUUACAUUGGUUUAACUGCAUUUGGAAUGGCAAGCCUUUAAAAGUUACUCUUUUAAAGCGACAGAAUUUGCAAAGAUCUUGCAUGGUGACAUUGCUGCUGGGGAGUUGGCAUCACUGAUGUAAUCUAAUCUCGCAAAUGUGCGAGAGUACAUCAUUGAG